ACAUUGAAAACUAUAACUUUUAUAGGUUUUUAUAAAGAGAGUGAUAUUGAUUCCUUACUGGAUGAGUGCAUUAUAAUGAUGUCAUUCAGUAACUUAAAUUACCACUGAUUGGUGUGUGUCUUGAUCUUGGACCAGCUCCAUACAUUAUCAUGCCUUUUAUGUCAAGAGGAAGUUUAUUGUCUUACCUCAAGAAAGAGAGACCUAAUCUUACAGUAGCUGAUACCAGUGAAGGGGAUAUUAUACUGAAUGUCAGAAAACAGUUACUCUCCAUUUGUUUACAAGUUGCUAAUGGAAUGUCUUACUUAGCUUCAGAGAGGUUCAUUCAUCGUGAUCUUGCUGCUAGAAAUUGCAUGAUUGAUGAUAAUGGUAUUAUUAAAGUAGCAGAUUUUGGUCAAUCUGAAGACAUAUAUGCCUGCAAUUACUUCAGGCAACUAAAGGGCAGUGAUAAUAACUCAGGAUCAUCAACAGUUAAACUACCAGUGAAAUGGAUGGCAUUAGAGAGUCUUCAUGAUGGACUGUUCUCCGAAAAAUCAAAUGUUUGGUCUUAUGGUGUUCUUUGUUGGGAAGUGUUCAGUCUUGGUAAGGUACCAUAUCCCGGUCUGGAUCCAAUAGGAGUAGUGGAGUUACUGGAUACUGGAGGACGAUUGCAAUGUCCACAUAAUGGAGCCUGUUCUCAAGAAAUUUACUUGGUGAUGCUAUCUUGUUGGUCUGAGUCUCCUAAUGAUAGGCCAGUGUUCAGUGAUUUGGUUUCUUCAAUAAAUGCACUCAUUGAACCAUUGGCUGGCUACCUUGAUUUUACUGACAUUAAUAAUACUUGUACUGUAAAAGAAUGUGAUGUUUAUGACUAGAUCUAUUAAU